CAGGAGAGAAGCAGUACUCAUAUGAAGAGUUUCUCGCCAUCUACAAACAGACCAAGAACGUGAAGGAAUGGGGAACGUUCAGGGACUUCGAGGAGGCUUUCAAGUCCUUCGACAGGGAGGGCCAGGGGUACAUCAGCGCUGCUGAGAUGAGGCAUUUGUUGACUGCCAUGGGAGACUUCAUCAACAAAGUGAUGAUGGGCCCACCUAACGCCAGGAAGUAAUGACAGAAGGGUGAAAGUGAGAGGUCACUUUCCGUGACCAAGCGGUUUUCGUAAUGAACGAGUAGAGAUGGAUAGAGUGGUGCCUUUUCAAACGUUCUCUGUAAUGUUUUUCUCUUUGUUCACGUUUCAGUGAGCUAGGAUCUUGUUUGAGUUUGACACUUUACGUCUGCUUAUUAGUCUUAUUCUGGCAGCACCAGGUGUAUUUUGUGUUGUUUUUGUUGUUGUCGUUGUUGUUGAUGUUGUUGUUGUAGUUGUUAUUUAAGCUGUACGUUUCUUUUCCUGCUGUUGUCAGAAAAAGAAAGAGAAUUUUGCCCUUUAAUGAGAAUACGGAAGCUCUAGUGUAGAGUUAUUCGUAUUCUUCAUUGUUAAUUCUGUAUUGGUGUCUAUUUUUAGACAUUUCGGUUCUAGUCGUCCUGAUCUUUGUUAUAUUUUAUUACUUUGUCUACGA